UUCUAAUCAUCUCAUGCGCACAAAAGCCUUAACCUUCUUGUUAAAAGACAACAUAGCAGAAAAUUCCCAAGCUUUCAAAUUCUCUCCGGUGGCCGGAAAACCAACGUUAAAAUUCCCUCUCAAGGAUUUCCAACUUUCUAUUGAUCAAAAUGUGUCCUUUAAGGUUCAUCUUGGUGUUUUUCUCGGCGGUGUUGGCGGGAUAUUUUGCGUGGAAAACAGUUCGUUCUUCGCCGGAAAUUGAAAUGGCGAUUUCGGAUGAUUCGAUGAGGGAGAAGGUAUCCUCCGAGGACAAAGAAAAACUUAAUUUGAUGAAGAUGGUUCAAAAUGGCUUCUGGCUAUUUGUUGACAUGGCCAGUGGGAAGUACUUGUGGAGGAAUCUGAGAGAGAUGAAAGAAUGA